UUGGAGGUCAAUCCUGGACGAUUACCCGUUGUCGUGGGAGCUCUGUUGGACGUCGAUUGUAACGAAGACACUAUCAAACAAUUAAUUUUACAUACUCGCGGUCAGUUUAGCAUAGACGAACUCGUCGAAGAAGUAGAAAAGCGAAAUCGACUGAAACUUUUGCUUCCAUGGUUGGAGUCGCGUGUCCAUGAUGGAGCCAUUGACCCGCCAACUCAUAAUGCACUGGCGAAGAUCUACAUCGAUUCGAACAAUAAUGCGGAACGUUUCUUACGCGACAACCCUUACUAUGAUUCGAAAGUAGUUGGCAAGUACUGUGAAAAGCGUGACCCGCAUCUAGCUUAUAUCGCUUAUGAGCGGGGACAGUGCGAUACGGAGCUCAUCGCGGUUUGCAACGAAAAUUCGCUAUUCAAAAAUUUGGCCCGGUACAUGGUUCGUCGGAAGGACGCCGACAUGUGGGCGGAAGUGUUGCAGGAGACGAACCCCUAUCGGCGACAGUUAAUUGACCAAGUUGUGCAGACGGCGUUCUCGGAAACGCAAGACCCGGAAGACAUAUCGACAACGGUUAAGGCUUUUAUGGCUGCUGAUUUGCCAAAUGAGCUGAUCGAACUAUUGGAAAAGAUAGUCCUUGAUAACUCUGUGUUCAGCGAACACCGGAAUUUGCAGAAUCUUCUCAUUCUGACAGCCAUCAAGGCGGAUCGUACCCGAGUGAUGGAAUACAUUCAGCGACUGGAUAACUACGAUGCCCCGGACAUCGCGAACAUUGCCAUAUCAUCUGAAUUGUAUGAAGAAGCAUUCGCCAUUUUCAAGAAGUUUGAAGUCAAUACUUCUGCUAUACAGGUUCUAAUUGAAAAUAUCAACAACUUGGACCGCGCUUACGAAUUUGCUGAGCGAUGCAACGAAUCUGGCGUAUGGGCUCAGCUGGCUAAGGCACAGCUGCAACAGAACAUGGUCAAGGACGCAGUGGAUUCGUUCAUAAAAGCCGACGACCCGUCUUCGUACAUGGAGGUUGUACAGAAGUGCAGCGAAACCGAUCACUGGGAGGAUUUGGUGCGGUACCUGCAAAUGGCACGGAAAAAGGCUAGAGAAUCGUACAUCGAAACAGAGCUCGUAUUUGCGUUUGCGAAGACUAAUCGGUUGUCUGACUUAGAAGAAUACAUUUCUGGUCCAAAUCAUGCGCAAAUUUUGCAGGUGGGAGAGCGUUGCUUUGAAGACGGCAUGUUCGAGGCGGCGAAGAUCUUGUUUAACAACGUCAGCAACUUCGGAAAGUUAGCAAUAACCCUCGUUAGAUUGGGCGAAUUUCAAGGAGCUGUCGAUGCGGCCAGGAAAGCGAACUCGACCAAGACUUGGAAAAAGGUCUGCUUUGCUUGCGUGGAAGCUCAGGAAUUUCGCCUUGCUCAGAUAUGUGGCCUUAACAUAGUAGUGCAUGCGGACGAGCUGGAGGAACUGAUCAACUUCUAUCAGGAUCGAGGUUAUUUUGAGGAGCUGAUUUUUCUCCUGGAGGCAGCAUUAGGUCUCGAGAGGGCACACAUGGGUAUGUUCACGGAAUUGGCGAUUCUCUAUUCGAAGUAUAAACCAGAAAAAAUGCGUGAACAUCUGGAUCUCUUCUGGUCGCGCGUCAACAUUCCGAAAGUUUUGCGAGCUGCUGAACAAGCCCACCUUUGGGCUGAAUUGGUCUUCCUUUACGACAAAUACGAAGAGUACGACAACGCCGUGGUGACGGUGAUAAGUCAUCCGAUUGAGGCGUGGCGCGAACAGCACUUCAAGGAGAUGAUCACCAAGGUGGCAAAUAUCGAGCUCUACUAUCGCGCCAUCCAAUUCUACGUCGACUACAAGCCCCUACUUAUCAACGAGUUGCUGUUGGUGCUGGCGCCGAGACUCGACCACACGCGGGCGGUCAACUUUUUCUCGAAGAUUAACCAGCUUCCGUUGGUCAAGCCAUAUUUAAGAGCGGUCCAGAAUUUGAACAACUCAGCAGUAAAUGAAGCGCUUAAUCAGCUUCUUAUCGAAGAAGAGGAUUAUCAGGGUUUGCGGCAUUCGAUUGAUGCCUUCGACAAUUUUGACAAUAUUGCUUUGGCCCAGAAGUUGGAGAAGCACGAACUGGUCGAGUUCAGACGUAUCAGUGCAUACCUUUACAAAGGCAAUAAUCGGUGGAGUCAGUCGGUCGAAUUAUGUAAGAAGGACAAGCUGUUUAAGGAUGCCAUGGAGUAUGCGGCCGAAUCCCGUCAACCAGAGAUCGCCGAAGAACUUCUGUCUUACUUUUUGGAAAUGGGCCUACGCGAGUGUUUUGCCGCUUCCCUGUAUCAGUGCUAUGAUUUACUUCAUCCGGAUGUCAUUUUGGAACUGGCGUGGAAGCACAAUAUCAUGGAUUUCGCGAUGCCUUACAUGAUUCAAGUACUUCGAGAAUAUACCGUCAAAGUAUAG